UCAUAGAGUCAUAUUCUAUUUGCAUGAUCAAGAUAUAUUAGAUAUACAUAGUUUUUUGUAAGUUGGUAGUUUUUCUCAGAAAACAGAGAAUGAAAAUGUCGUCUAAGGUCACUAGUGCCACCCUUUGCCUUGCAGUGUUAUUCCUCUUCUUAACCUCCACAUAUGCUGGAAGACUUGGCCCUGCUUCUUCCUCUUUCACUUCAACCAAAACUCAACAUGGGGUUUUGGAAGAGGAAAAGUUGGACGUGGAGGAAAGUUGCGAUGGUAUUUCAGAAGAAGAUUGCUUGAUGAGAAGAACACUUGUGGCUCACACGGAUUAUAUCUACACACAGAAGCACAAACCAUGAGAUUCAUCGCUGUUUCUCAUACCGGAUUCAAGCUUAUCAUUGUAAUUAUGCAUAAGCUAUACUUUUCACAUACAUAUAUAUAUAAUCCACUUCUGAAAUCUUAAGAGUUGGUUCAGUCAAUUGUUUUUCUUUUCCUGCAGUUUUUCUUUUUGUUUCAUAUUGUAAACCGAUGAAUAUAUGUGGAUAUCGAUUUUGAUAGUAUAAAUUUGGAUAUUACCCUUA